GUGCAUUUUAAAAAUAAAAUAAAAUAAAAAAAAUAACCUAGAGCGCAUCAGUGCGAUCCCCAGCCGUCGACCCUAGAGCUCAUUCUGGCGUCGCGAAGCAACGUAGCCAGCCCUGCUUCCGAGCCGAUUUCAAGCCCCAAGCUCGUCCAUGUUGCAUUUUUUAUAGCUUUUACAAACUCUUCAACUACUGGAAUUUUGGAGCCAGAAUAUAUACAUAGCAUCAUUAGAGAAGAGGAGAAUGGCUGAUGGAAUGUCAAGUUUUUGGGGUCCUGUUACAUCUACAACUGAGUGUUGCGAGAAGAACUAUGCCUACUCUUCUUACAUUGCAGAGUUUUACAACACAUUAUCAAACAUUCCAAGCAUUCUUUUGGCACUGAUCGGUUUGGUAAAUGCCUUGAGACAACGGUUUGAGAAGAGAUUUAGUGUUCUUCACAUAUCGAAUAUGAUACUCGCCAUUGGGAGUAUGUUGUACCAUGCCACGUUGCAGCGUGUGCAACAACAGAGUGAUGAAACUCCGAUGGUUUGGGAGAUGCUUCUUUACAUAUAUAUCCUCUACUCUCCAGAUUGGCACUACCGUAGCACAAUGCCCACCUUCCUCUUCCUCUAUGGUGCGGCCUUUGCUGUUGUUCAUUCAUUUGUCCAUUUUGGCAUUGGCUUUAAGGUACAUUAUGUGAUCCUCUGUCUGCUUUGCAUACCCCGAAUGUACAAGUACUACAUAUACACAAACGAUGCUUCUGCCAAGUGGCUUGCAAAGUUCUACAUUGCCACACUUUUUCUCGGAAGUUUGUGUUGGCUUGGCGAUUGCAUUUUCUGCAAAAAGAUCUCUCAGUGGCCUGUUAAUCCGCAGGGUCAUGCUAUGUGGCACGUGUUCAUGGGUUUCAAUUCCUACUUUGCAAACACGUUCUUGAUGUUUUGCCGGGCUGAGCAGCGGGGAUGGGCGCCUAAGAUAGUCCAUGUCAUGGGACUUUUGCCCUAUGUGAAGAUUGAGAAACCAAAAUCGCAAUGAAUGAUAUUGUUCUGAUAGUUAAGUAUAGCUUUGGUCCAGAAGUCUUGACAGUUGAGGAAAGCAAACUAUCGAUCGAUUUUUUUGUUUUUGUUUCUCUCUUUAACCAACGGAUCUUAAUGAUCAUUUAGAUUUUGUCGGUUGGCAUUUUGUCUUUUAUUUUAUUUCUAAAAGCAGAGUAUGUAACAUAUUUCUAUAAGCUUUUUGUUUGCAGUAUUGAUUAGGUUGAUGGUUUUGCUUUUGGACCGUUUGAGUUCUGUUUGAGGCAUAUUCUCAAUGCUGUGACGGAUGUGCCAAUCGAAUUUUGGUUCCUUUUAUACCUUUUCACUCUUUUCUA